CCUCCCGCCGCCGCCGGCAGCGUCCUUGCGGCAGGAAGAUGCCCGGGGAGGUGCCGCCGCCGGCGCCCCGGGGGCUGCGGAGCCUCCCGCUGCUGCUGCUGCUGCUGCUCAGCGCCCGCGCCGCGCUGGCUCAGCGCUGGCGCAAUGAGAACUACGAGAGGCCCGUGGACCUGGAGGGCUCCGGGGACGAUGAUCCCUUCGGAGAAGAUGAGCUGGACGAUGUCUACUCUGGCUCUGGCUCGGGCUAUUUCGAGCCGGAGCUGGGGCUGGACACGGCCGUGAGCCUGACCACGGACACGCUGGUGACACUGCCCACCACAGCGGCCGUGCUGCCCGUCACCGCGGCCCAGCCCGUGGCAACGCCCCUGGAGCCAUCCCCCAGUCCCCAGGACACCACCCCCGGGCAGGCAACCAGCACCUUCCUCAUCCCCAGGACCACGGAAGCGCCGGUGGUGCCCAGCUGGAAAGCCACAACCACCAGCACCACGGCCAGCGAGCCCCCAACCACUGCGGCCACCACCACCACGGCCACCACCGCGGCCACCACUGUGGCCACCACUGUGGCCACCACCACCACCACCACAGAGGCCACAACCACCACAAGCAGCACCACGGUGGCCACGGCCAAGCCCACCACCAUCCGGAGGUUCCUGCCCCCCUUGGCCACCAAGGCGGCCACCACCCGGGCCACCACCCGGGCCACCACCCUGGAGACGCCCACCACACCCAUCGCCGAAACCAGCACCCCGACAGAGGUGGCCACGUCACGCCUUGUCCCCAGCAGCACGGCCAAGCCCAGGGCUCUGCCAAAGCCCAGCCCCUCGAGGACUGCAGAGCCCCCCGAGCAGAGCACGGCCUUGCUGCCCACGCUGCCGCCCACAGAGGCCCCCCAGAUGGAGCCAGGGGAGGUGACAACAGUCCCUGACAGCGAGCUGGAGGUCCCGGCCAGCAGCGGCCCCAGCGGGGACUUUGAGAUCCGGGAGGAGGAGGAGACGACGCGUCCCGAGCUCGGGAACGAGGUGAUGGCUGUGGUGACGCCGCCGGCGGGGCCGGGGCCCGGCAGGAACGUGGAGACGGGGCUGAUGGACAACACGAUAGACUCGGGCAACUCGGCUGCACAGCUGCCCCAGAAAAACAUCCUGGAGAGGAAAGAGGUGUUGAUAGCGGUGAUUGUGGGCGGUGUGGUCGGUGCCCUUUUCGCCGCAUUCCUGGUGAUGCUGCUCAUCUACCGCAUGAAGAAGAAGGACGAGGGCAGCUACACCCUGGAGGAGCCCAAGCAGGCCAACGUCACCUACCAGAAACCCGACAAGCAGGAGGAGUUCUACGCGUAGAGCGAGAGCCUGGAGUGCCUCACGCUUCCUCCCUCCCUCCCUGCUCCAAACCUCCCCUCCUCCCCUCCAUCCAGUCUCUCUCUUUCCCCCCUCCUCUUUCUCUUUUUUUGGGAUCAGACUGUGAAUUUACAAAGCAAAACCUGCAGCGGCUGAAGGAGGAAAUGCAUCCUUGGCAUGGGGGGCACGGGGUGCCUGGGGCAGCGCCGAGGUCACGCUGAGCUCCGCUGAGGUGACACCGAGCAGCUCUGAGGUGACACUGAGCAGUGCCGAGGUCACACUGAGCAGCACUGAGGUGACACCAAGCACCACUGAAGACACACCAAGCAGCGCUGAGGUGACACCGAGCAGCUCAAAGGUCACACCGAGCAGUGCCAGGGUGACACCGAGCAGUGCCAGGGUGACACUGAGCACCGCUGAGGUGACACUGAGCAGCGCUGAGGUCACACUGCUGAGGUGACACCGAGCAGCACCGAGGUGACACCAAGCACCGCUGGCCUUUCUGCUGGCGGGAGGGACGGGACACGCAGCCGAUGCCAAGGAGCUGAUGCCAGGGCAGCCGUGCCCGGGAAUGCCCUGAGAGCAAAGGAUGGGCUGCCCACAGCACCAGGAGCUCAACUGGACUUUCCCCACCACCACAAACUCCAGGAUCUGGACACCUCCUGCCAGCCCUGGGGCACUGGGGGCUUGCUUUGGAUUUAUUCCCUUUUUUUUUCCCCUGUCCAUCAAGGAGGGAGAUUUCCUUCCCUCUGUCUCAUCUUUAUUUUUGGAUUUCUUUUGGAAUGGGUUUGGUGGCUCCACAGGAAUCCCCUUCUGCUGGAA